GUCUAACUUAACAGGACCAAACUUUUAGUGUAUCAGUGGCUGCGUGUAGUUGUUAUCAGGACUUUUACUGGAGGUGAAGAUGUUGCUGCCACUCCUGCUCCUCGUACUCGUUUCCCAGCAUGCCCUGGCUGCAGUGGUGGAGGUGUAUGAGGGGGAAAGAUCGGUCCUGUUGCCUUUCAAGUACUCAGGUUUUAUACCUGAGGAAAAUCCCACAGUGCUGUGGACUCGCAAUGAUCUCAACCCCAAAUCUGUCCACCUACGACGAGAGGAAACAGAUGAUCUUAAAUCGCAAAACCAGCAUUUCAGUGGGCGCACAUCAAUGAGGCCUGAUGCUCUGGACACUUUAGACUUCAGCCUCACUCUGAGAAACCCCCAAAUGACUGAUAGUGGCAACUACACCUGCUCCAUCCAAAAUGGAAGGGAGGAACUGAAACUGACAAACAUACAGCUGCAUGUCAAAGACCAAGAAGUGAAGGUGGAGGUCGCUGAAGGAUCAGAGUCUGUCAUCCUGCCCUGCAAAACAAAACCUGACCUGCCUGAGGACACCACAGUGGAGUGGAUGAGAUUUUACCGAGAAAUCAUGAUGGUCCAUGAGUAUUCAAAUGGAAGUGACCAACUUAAGAACCAGGACGACCUUUACUGUGGUCGCACAAAGAUGAAUGAAGACCUGCUGAGAACUGGAGACCUCAGUCUGACCCUGAAAUACCCCACAGAGAGAGACAGUGGAGGAUACAUCUGCACCAUCUACAGGGACAAAGACAUCCUGAGACAGAAAGUAGUGCUGCAGGUCAAAGAACGAUUCCCAUCCUGGGCCACAGCUCUCCUGGUUCACCUCGUUGUUCUUGUGGUUUCUGGAGGUCUUUUAUUUUAUUUCCGGCACUAUUUCAUGUCAGAUUACAAGGUGGAGGUGGAUUCAGGGGAGGAGUCUGUCUUGCUGCCCUGCAAAACUAUCAGAUUCCUCAAAGACACUAAAGUGGAGUGGAGGGACAAAAACAACAGGAAGGUUCACGUUUAUCAGAACGGCUCUGAGUGGCCUGAAGAACAGCACCAGGUUUACAGAGACCGAACAAAGAUGGAGAGAAACUUACUUAAACCUGGAGACCUCAGUCUGACCCUGAAACAUCCCACAGAUGACGACAACUCCACCUACACCUGCACCGUCUACAGCAGGGAGGGAAACAUGCUGAGGAAGAAAAAAGUGCUGCUCCACAUCAUAGUGCUGCCAUCAAACUGCCUCUCUUUGCUUUGACUCUGUCUCCAACAUGAAGUGAAGCACAUGUCCCACAGAUGGAUGUGGAUUCAGGGGUGAAGUCUGUCCUGCUGCCUUCCACAACUACAAAAAAACUCCCUGAAUAUGCUAAAGUGGAGUGGAUGACCAGAUUCAACAGGAAGGUCCAUGUGUACGAGAACGGAU